CGUAAAUGCUUCAAGGUGGCGGCAGGCAGCGGCAACGCGGAGAAUGGGCAGCUGCAACAUGUCACACUGGUGGACAAGCAACCGCUGAGGGAGCAGGGCGUAAAGGAGGGAGGGAAGAUUAUUUACAAGGACUUGGGGCCGCAGGUGGGUUACCGCACGGUGUUCAUCGUGGAGUACGCAGGGCCACUCGCCAUCAUGCUCGGCUACGCCGCGCGCCCGUCCUUCAUAUACGGCAGCAACAUCACGAGAGGAUACGGCUACACACAAAAACUUUUUAUCUCCCUCUUUGCCGCGCACUUCGUGAAGCGGGAGCUGGAGAGUUUGUUUGUGCACAAAUUCUCGCACGCAACGAUGCCACGCCGCAACAUCAUACGAAACUGCGUGUACUACUGGAGCUUUGCCCUCUUUAUUGGCUAUGUGCUGUGCCACCCGAAGUACACGGAGCCGUCGUCGCGCGUUCUUGUGAACGCCUCGGCAGCCGCCAUGGUGGUCUUUGAGCUGCUAAACUUUGCUGUGCAUAAGCAACUGAGUGGCAUGCGCCGGGGUGAUGGUGACACGGCCCGCAGUGUACCACAUGGCGUUCUGUUCUCCCUUGUCUCCUGCCCGAACUACACGUUUGAGGUGCUCUCAUGGGUCGCCUUCUCCCUCGGCACGAGCCUGUUGUCAUCGUGGUUCUUUACCCUUGCCGGCUUUGUGCAGAUGGCGGAGUGGGCGGUGAAGAAGCACAAGGGCUACGUGAAUUCUGAUCCAAAGGUGAAGCGCAGGAAAUGCAUGGUGCCGUUUCUCUUCUAA